CACUUAGCCGCAUUCCGCCCCAUGCACCCCUCCACCGAAAGCCCUCAACAACCCAAAAUUCUUUUUUCUAUGUAAUUCUUUUCGUGUAAAUAUUUUUUCAUCCCAUCUCUGAUGAAUUACCUAGAAGACUCAUUCCAGGGCAUAGCUCUAGACUUGGGCGAUUGCAUUGGAACGGAGAGUUGUGUUGAUCUAAGAAGUGACAUUGAUCAAGAAUUUUGCAUGGUCCAAAAGACCCGUGGCAGGAGAGGGAAUCAACGGCUGGAAAGAACGGAGAAAGAGUAUCCGCCGCCGAUACCGUGGCUGGCACGCACCGAAAACUUGCCAUCCCACAUGCCCUGGAUUAUGAAACGGUAUUACACUGACGACGGGAGGUUAAUAAUCAAGGAGGAGAAAGUUAAACGGCAUGAAUAUUUCCAAGCGAAUCGGUCCGAUGGCCGUCUAACUCUUCAUCUUGUCCCUUUGGACGACGACGUAUUGGACGAUGAUUGCGAUGAGGAAGAGUUUGAGGUUGCAUGUGAUUGGGAUAGUGAUGGGAUGAUCAGCGGUAGGGAUGAUUUUGAUGGUGAGACGGAUGACCAUCGGACGAUUGUGCAGGAAGAAUCAAGAAACAAGAAAUCUGAGUCUUGCAUGGAUAAUGGAGGGGGUGCAAUAGUAGGUGGUGACCGUGGCGGCGGUGGAGGCGGUAGAGGGCAAUGUUAUAUGUAUAGUAGUAGUUUGGGUAGGAAUUCUUGUAUGUUAGGUGCAGGUGGGUUGGCGGUAGCAGCGGUUAGGCCUGUUCAUACUUGACUAGUUCGGCAUUGUUGUCCAUUCUUCUGGGAAAGUAGGGAGAGAUGGUUUCUUCUUUUUAUUUCCUUUAAUCUUUUGUUAUUUUGAUUUUUUGAUUUAUGU